UAAAGCACUGGAUGCGCACAUCUGUCAGCAGUUCGAAGACAUAGCAAAUGGCAGAAAUGCCAAAACUGAUGUGGUGGUCACGGAACAGACAAUUGAUGAGAACAUCCGCCAAUUGGAAGAAGCUCUUGAAAAAGAGAAAACGCGGAAGGCGGAAAUGCUAAAGAAGAAAAAACAAGAUGAACAGCAAGCAAAACGAGAACAAGAAGUCAGACAGCAUGUGGUAACUGUGUCAGGGGAAGAACAGGUUCUGGCACUGAACCAACUGGUCGAGUACCUCGCUCACUUGGAGACAAGGCUCGACCAUUUUGAAGCAAAGUUGGAAGAAUUGACCGUAGGAUUGAAGAAUGUGACUAACUUGGUCAAAGGAAAGGAAAAAGAGGUUCGGAAGGAACAACCUGUGAAGAAACUAAUGGGUGAUGCUAUGAAAGAUCUCAGGGUCGAAGUAAAGAAGGGGGAACCAUCUGGGCCUCCUCCACCGACGCCACCACCAUCCAGUCCUCACCCAUCAGGAGGAAAGAAAGAUAAAGAAGAGAAAACUGAGAAGCCAAAGAAGAAGGAAAAGGUAAAGAUGAAAUUGCCUUUCACGUUCAGUAAUAAGAAGGAUGAAAACUUAUUAUUGUGGAUUGCAGAAAUACAGACCUACGUCGGGACGACCCCUGUGGAAGAAGAAUCACAGGUCGCCUUCUCCACGUCGUGUCUUGGAGGGGAGGCCAAAGAGUGGGUCCUGGCCGAAGCUAACACAGCCGGAUUCGAUGAUAUUGGUACAGGUGCGAGAUACGGUAAGCGAGUCCUUUGGCGCCAAAAGCGUCAGGACCACAUGCUUGUCGUCUUUCACGACGACACAGUGGAGAAGCUACCGUUAGAAGGAGUUCCCAGCAGCAGUGAGUCCGGAAAGGGGGACGUCACUGCUGCCGUGGUCAACAAAGGAGGACCACGAGGUCCGUAUCGAGGGAGGAGACCACGCUCGUUUCCUGCGCACCCAGGCAUCGCCGCAUUCAAGCCGUGGGAAAAGAUGGAGAUUGACCAAAAGACCUGAAAGGAUAGGAUGGAUAAUGCGCAGUGCUUAAAGUGUGGAAAGGAGGGACACAUCAUUGCAUGGUGUCCACUCAUCCGACACCCAAAAGCGAG